UCGACUGCGCUCUCCUCUCCCCUCACCUUCGCUGGCGACACCCUUGCUCAACUUGCUUCACUUUAUUAUUAUUUUGCUAUGUCUCUGUACACCGACCUUACGCUCUCACCCAAGAAGAAGAAGAGAUGUCCUCCCGAUUCAGACGAAAACACGCUCAGUCCAAAGAAAAUGAGGAUUGCUCCUCCUACUCCACCUCUUUCGCCGCAAAAGGGUCUUUCAGAUGAAGAUCUCUCUUUGCCUGCACAUUUGGCGCGAUUACAAACCAUCCAAACUGCUCUCCAACAUGCCCUUUCCCAUGCUCUCGCAACCUGCGCCGUAUCUCCCUCCUCAGAUACCGGUAUUGUCCGAAAUGUCUUGAAUCACAUCUCACUAGGCACUUACACUGGCCUUCCAAUUCAAUUUACCAUCCAAGACCUUAGAAGGCUGUGUUGGUUAUGGGAGUGGGACGGUGCAACAGAUCCCGACACGCUGAAAGUCGACGAUGACGAUGAAAAUCCGUUCAUCGAAAGCUCAGGCCCUCCACCACCCAAAGAUUGGUCCCGAGGAUCCAUGGGCUUCAUCGUUAGUGCCGCGUCGCACUUCUCUAAAGGGGAAGCCAAGCGCGUACCUGCGUAUGGGAUAGGAAUUGAGGUCGAAAUGGAGGAUAUGGAAGGAGGCAUGGCAGCUGUGGCUCGCUGGACCGCCGCAACUGAAUCCCGGCGUCGUGAAUUCCACGAUAAACUGGUCGCUUGGAAUAAGAUGCAUAGUGAAGCACAAAACGUUCCUUUAGUCCCCUUUGCAAACCUUCCGAAGCUCAGUGUCCCAACCAAAUCUUCCUCGCUAACUCGUAUGUUUGCCUCCGUCUCCCCCAAGUCAACCUCGUCAAGAGACAAGUCGGAGGUUUUGAUACCUCCUUCAUCCCCCUCCCGCACACCGCGCGGAAGAUCAAGGCUCGACGAUUUUGCUGUGCCUGCUCCGAUCACACCUUCGUCUCGCUCUUCAUCCCCCAGUAAACGCUCAGCGAUACUGUCUCCCAUGAAGCGUCCCAUCAUUUCAACACCCUCCAAGCGUGAGAUCAUAGCAUUCAAUAAAAAUACAGUGCUUUUCCCGUCUACUCCGUCGUCACAUGCAGAUAAUUCUGUCAAACUACUACCUCGCACACCCACGACAUCUAAUGCUUCAGUAGAUGAAAUGCUGUCUACACCUACAGAGUCCGGUACUCCACAGACUCCGACUACUUCGCGUCGUCAGGCUCUAUAUGAACGUAUCCGUCAGAGGUCCUUGUCCGCCUCCCCUACUAAACAACGCGACGGACUUACUGCCAAAAUGUCCCAAGACCAGAUGCUCAAACUAAGUCAAGAUGAAAUGCGACAACGAUGUCUCCUUGGUCGUUUGGGUGGCAUGGCCGAGAGCGUUUGGAUGCUUUUCAAUGCACCCACGGGCGGAACGUUGAGUGCUCCCAACAUACGGAAACGACGAGCACUUCCCAAGGUUGAAGUUGCCACUGCGGUAACCAAAUCUUCCCCUGUGCCAAUCUCGGCAGCAGAGGCGAAUGAAUCCUUGGACCUUUUGGCGAAACUAUGUCCCUUUUUCUUGAAGCCGUUGAACAUCACUGGUGAAAGUUGGCUGGAAAUGCCGGCUUCAAAAUCAGACCCGACAAGCCCCAACAAACCUGGGUCUGCGAGCCCCGGAGGGAAAGACAGUGCCCAAGAGUUGGUCACGCGCAGUCCAAGGCGUGUCAAAAAAGAGGCUGGUGGUUUGAGAGAUGUCCGGGAAAUUAUUCGCCGGGAGCUCGAACUCAGAGACUAA